GCCAGGGUGGGGGCUGGGGACAGACUACUAUAAAGCUGGGGUGCCUGGGAGGCAGCUGUCCCUGUUCAGAGACCGUCACGGUCCCCACCGCCACAGCCAUGGCCACCCACCGCCUCGUGAUGGUUCGGCACGGCGAGAGCACCUGGAACCAGGAGAACCGCUUCUGUGGCUGGUUUGAUGCAGAGCUGAGCGAGAAGGGGGCCGAGGAGGCCAAGAGGGGAGCCCAUGCCAUCAAGGACGCCAAGAUGGAGUUCGACAUCUGCUACACGUCGGUGCUGAAGCGGGCCAUCCGCACCCUCUGGACCAUCCUGGAUGGCACGGACCAGAUGUGGCUGCCUGUGGUGCGCACCUGGCGUCUCAAUGAGCGGCACUAUGGGGGCCUCACAGGCCUCAACAAGGCGGAGACAGCCGCCAAACACGGGGAGGAGCAGGUGAAGAUCUGGAGGCGCUCCUUUGACAUCCCUCCACCCCCCAUGGAUGAGAAGCACCCCUACUACAGCUCCAUCAGCAAGGAGCGUCGGUAUGCAGGCCUGAAGCCUGGGGAACUGCCCACUUGCGAGAGCCUCAAGGACACCAUUGCCCGGGCCCUGCCCUUCUGGAAUGAGGAGAUCGCCCCCCAAAUCAAGGCUGGCAAGAGAGUGCUCAUCGCGGCCCACGGGAACAGCCUUCGGGGCAUCGUCAAGCAUCUGGAAGGGAUGUCCGACCAGGCCAUCAUGGACCUGAACCUGCCCACGGGGAUCCCCAUCGUGUAUGAGCUGGACGCAGCACUGAAGCCCACCAAGCCCAUGCGGUUCCUGGGUGACGAGGAGACUGUACGGAAGGCCAUGGAGGCCGUGGCUGCCCAGGGCAAGGCCAAGUGAAGGGUGGGCUCUGGCAAUAAAGGCUGCUCCUCCCACUGC